UUUUGGAAAAUCAAUUACAAUGGCAAUCCAUAAUCACAUCACUAUGUUUGCCAUUGUAUUAGCCCUUGGAGUUCUUAUCACCAUGCCAAGAGGUGGACAAUCAAUUGAGUAUGUUAUGGCACACUUGGUGAUAAUUUACCCCCAAUCAAGUGAAGUUGUAGCUCUCUACCAAUCCAAUAACAUUACAGCCAUGAGACUCUAUGAUCCCAAUCUUUCUGCUCUUGAAGCUCUCAGAGGCUCAAAUAUUGAAAUAAUGCUUAGUGUUUCCAAUGAUAAUCUCCAAAGUUUCGCUUCUGAUCCUUCAGCAGCAAACGUUUGGGUGCAAACCAAUAUUAAACCUUAUUUCUCACAAAUUAAAUUCAAGUACAUAGCAGUUGGAAAUGAAGUUAUUCCCGGAAAGAUGGCACAAUAUGUGCUCCCAGCUAUACGAAAUAUUCGCACUGCAUUGUUGUCAGUGGGCAGGGAAGAUGAAAUCAAGGUUUCAACUGUAGUAUUCCUAGCCACAUUUUUCCUAACUAAUACAUUUUCCUCACCUUUAGCUGGGUUAUUCUCCUCUGAAGUGAUGUUAAAUUUAGUACCUAUCAUCCAAUUCUUAAAUUCAACUGGAUCACCUCUUCUAGUUAAUGUGUACCCUUACUUAACUUAUAUUAACAACAAGGACAUCAUUGAUAUAAACUAUGCUCUAUUUACAUCUCCUGGGACAGUGGUGACAGAUGGAUCUUUCAAAUAUCAAAACUUGUUUGAUGCCAUGCUUGAUACAAUGUAUUCAGCUUUAGAAAAGGCUGGUGGAUCUAAUGUGGGUAUUGUGGUAUCAGAGAGUGGUUGGCCUUCCGCUGGCGGAGAUGCAGCAAGUGUUGAUAAUGCUAGGACUUAUUACCAAAACUUGAUUAAUCAUGUGGGGAAAGGAACACCAAAGAGACCUGGAGCUAUGGAGGUUUUUGUUUAUGCAAUGUUCAAUGAGAACCAAAAAUCACCAGAGUAUGAGAAGCAUUUUGGACUUUUUAAUCCUGAUGGAACACCUGUAUACUCUAUUAAUUUCUAAACUCUAAAUAAUAUUGGAGGAAAAACUAUGAUGUAGCUAAAAUAAAAUAAAGUUUAAUCAACUAAAUCAUAUACUAUGAAGAUGGGCACAACAACUAAACAUGU